UCUUUGUGCUUUUCAAGACACCGAGGCGACAGAAGGGAAAAAAACAGCUGGAUCCAAGGAUCGUUCCAGCUAGCGGCUCAGCUAGCUGUAUCCUCUCCCCGAGACAGCUCUUUCUCCUCGGCUGCCUGACUUCCAUAAGCUGGUUGGUGGCUGAUGAUGUGGUGUGAAAAUGGAGGCUCCUGAAUACCUGGACCUGGAUGAGAUCGACUUCUCUGAUGAUUCAGUGUAUUCCGUGACGUCUCUGAAGAGUAUACCAGAGUUGUCCAGGAGGAGUGAUGGCCAGGCAGAAGAGAGACCAGCUCCAGCCAUCAACUGGAGUCGUGGCGUUUCCUCCCACAGUGGCGGGGGAAUCAAACCAACGGGGCUCGCUGAGGUCCACAGUAAAUUCCGGCCAGUGAAGAGAGUCUCCCCUCUCAAACACCAACCAGAGACCACCGACUCCGACUCUGAUGGUAAAGUCCAGGGUCAGGGUCAGGGGCUGGGGCUGGGGGAACCGGGGGAGGGCAGUAAGGAUGACCCCAGCACUGAAAAACCGACUCAGCCCUCCACAUCCUCUGACGGGUCGGGAGGGAAGGGCAAGAGCCUGGGUAGUGGCGUUGGUGUCGUUGGAGGGAACAACCCCCAGGUUCUGUUCGGGGAGCUGGAGCACUACGAUCUGGACAUGGACGAGAUUCUGGACGUGCCUUAUAUCAAGUCCAGUCAGCAGAUGUCCACGCUGCCCCGUGUCCCGCACGACAAGCGCUCAGUGACAGGAAGUAACCUGGGCGGAGGCACCCUGGAGAGGAACCGGGGAGGAGGACUAAAGAGCUCCGCUCUACCCCACAACGAGCCUCUGAGCCUGGGCAGCAGCAGCUCACAGACUCCGUAUUGUGUCCUGUCUCCGGUGAAGUGGUCAGACCUGAGGAAGUCCAAGUCCAUGGAUCCGGACCUCCACCACCUCCACCGCUCCCCAGCUGGAGGAGGCUACCAGUCAGAGUUGCUCUCCUCCGGACUCCUCAGCUGCUCCUCCUCUCUCUCCUCUUUCUCUGAUGCAGACAAGCUGCUGUCUGCGCGGGUCUACCCAGACUCCCAGACUCAGAGGCCAGGCGUGGAGCCUCCAAGUGGCCCAGUGCUGAUGUUCCCCAUGCCAGGGUGUAGUGUAAGCAGGCAGGAUGCCUCCAAGUCCUGGGCUCCCGGAUCAGGAGGAGGAGGUGGUGGCAGCAGUGCGUCAAGGGGAUUUGGAGGUGGAGGAGCAGGAGGAGAGGUGGAUGAGGAGACCAAGAAAAACCAGAACAUCAUCAACAUCGUCAGAGAGGGACAGAUCUCUUUGCUGCCUCACCUGGCUGCAGAUAACCUUGAGCUGAUCAGAGAUGAGGAUGGGAACAACCUGCUGCACAUCUCGGCCUGUCAGGGUCAUGCCGACUGUCUGCAACAUCUCACCUCUCUGAUGGGAGAAGACAGCCUCAAUGAACGCAACAACCAACAGCUCACCCCUGCUGGUCUGGGAGUCAAGAACGGUCAUCUGGAGUGUGUGAGGUGGAUGGUGAGUGAGACGGAGGCCAUCGCUGAGCUGAGCUGCACCAGAGAACAUCCCAGUCUGAUCCAUUACGCUGCCCGUUAUGGACAGGAGAAAGUCUUGUUGUGGCUGCUUCAGUUCAUGCAGGAACAGGCAAUCUCUCUCGAUGAAGUCGACCAGAAUGGAAACACUGCUGUCCACGUAGCAGCUCAGUAUGGACACCUGACCUGUAUACAGACUCUGGUGGAGUACGGCUCUAACGUGACCGUCCAGAACCAGCAGGGGGAGCGGCCAUCCCAGAGUGCUGAGCGGCAGGGACACACAACCUGCGCGCGAUACCUGGUUGUCGUGGAAACCUGCAUGUCGUUGGCCUCACAGGUUGUUAAACUCACCAAACAGCUCAAUGAACAAGCUGCAGACAGGAUCACUCUACAGCAGCAACUGCAGAGACUGAUGGACCCCAACAAAGCUGAGGGGACACCUUCCAGAUCCCCCAGCUCCCAUCAGCCUUCAGUGGAGGCAUGGCCUGAGAUGAUGCUGACAGCCGAGGGGACUCCGGGUGAUGGUCAAUGGCUGGUUCGCCAGGGAGGGGUGGGACCAGACUCUGUGCUGCGGCAGCUGCUGGGGAAGGACAUGUCGGACACCCUGUGUCCCAGAGAGAGGCUGCCUCCGGCAGGUAGCCUGAGCAGGGAGGGCGCCUGUGGUGCAGGAGCCUCUGGGGCCCGCAGGGUGGGACUGAUGGAGAGGAGAGAGCUCAAACUAGCAAGACUCAAACAGAUCAUGCAGCGCUCUCUGAGUGAAUCGGAUUCAGAUGGUUAUCCACCAGAGGAAGGUAAAAAUCAAGUACCCUCGACCUCAAACACGCUUCGGCCUGAGAGGCCGUCCCACCUGCCAAUCACAGAGGAGGAGCCAGUGUCAAACCACCUUAAUGUGAUAAUGAGGAAGCACCUCCCCUCUUCCUCCUCUUCCUCCACUGUUGAGAGGAAGCUGGCAUUUUCUCUCAGCGGGUCAAAGUCUGUAGACAGCGUUGGUUACAACCCCUCCCCCACCUCCAGCGACCCCGAUGCCGUAGACGGUAAAACACCGGAUGCUUCCACCGACUCCAAUGAUGCCGCUAAUGGCCAGAAAGUUGCAACUAGUCCCAAGAGUGCACUGAAGUCACCCUCGUCUCGCAGGAAGACAUCUCAGAACCUCAAACUGAGGGUCACCUUCGACGAGCAGGUCCACAAGAGCACCAAUCAGGAGGCAGAACAGGCCAAGGGGCAUCAAGGGAAGGAGAGGACUCCAACAGGAAGCUCUGAAAGCAAGAGGCCAUUUGGGGCGUUCCGCUCCAUCAUGGAGACACUGAGUGGAAACACAAACCACAACAACAACAGUGGUGGUCAGUCGGGCUCUGCUGUUAAACUGUCCAACUGUCAGAAUUCAACUGGCAAGAAGUCCGAUAGUAAAGCCAGCCCAGGAGGAGGAGCCAGAGGCAAGAGCAAAACCAGUAACGUUUAACCAACUAGUGCCUACUGAAGGGCAGAGAGCACAUAAUGAACCACUACAAAGAGCAAAUAGCAAGAGGCAGAGAACAUGAGAAAUUUAUAGCCACUGAUCUGAGUAACGUUAUAUGGAAUAGUUUUUUGUUUCUCAUUGGACAGGGUCUUUAUGACCAGCUAUCCUGCCAGUUUGCCCCGUUUUAAUACAAGAGACUGUGUGUGUUUAAAGGUAAAAUGGUUAAAGAGGAGUUUUAGAUUGCACAGAGACAGAAGUUAUAACAUUUAACUCUUUUACUGAUAAUCCAUAGAGCAGAUUAUCACCACAAACAUACCUGUUUUUAUACUAAAUUACUCAGAAAAAUAAACGUCCCAGUGUUUUAGAACACUAUGGUGUCCAUUGGUCCAUUUAUUAGCUUUUGGCUUGGCUUUUACACAGUAAUUCAUCCUUUUCAUCAGUGGAUGGAGUUUGCUUCUUUGUCAUCGAGUAUGUCAUUUAAAAGUAAACUUUGGAGUUGGCUGUGAUUAUUUUGUCAAAAGUAUAACUUUCGCGCUCAAAAAAGAGAUUCUUGUUUAUCCAGUGAGUGGACCAGUUCCAAUGAUAACAACAGUAUUUUAUCACACAUCUAUUCUUUGUGAGUUAUACUAAAUGUUUUAUAGUUUUCAGGAUAAUGAUUCUCAUGUUCUUUGCCUCACAUGUUUGACUUUUGAUGGUUUUAUACAGUUGAAGGACUGAAAGACAAAAGCAGAACCUGUCUCAUCUCUGUGUCUGUCUGCUUAAAUGUAUUUGAGAGGAGAAGAACCUGUGUUUGAUGAAACUGAAGCAAAUGUUUUUACUGACAGACCCAAAGGAAGUUUGUUUGUGUAGCAACUGCCAUCCUGCAGGGACCUCACAUCACCAUAAUACCACUUUUCAUGUAUUUUUAGUUUUGUCACAUUUUGGUUUGAUUUUGUUUGACAGAACCAUCCCAGAGUUCAUUUGUCUGCUAAACGAAUCAAAACAAACAAGUGUCAAAACUUAAUCUUUCUAACUGGAGAUUGAGAUUUAUGUUCCUUUGCCACUCUGUUACUGUACCCUGAACUACACUAAAGAUGAUUAUUAGUAUUUAUGUUUAUGCACACAGUUAUAUGAUUUGAAACGUUUUAAACGUGGUUAAAAUCACGCACGUGGUUAACGUGCACCAGCACAAAUAGUUUUAAAACCACUGUAUAUAUAUAGUAGUAUUUAAUUUUUGUUUUCAUCAUAUUCCACACAUUUUUGUUUGUAUUUCCAAGGUUAUUAUCUAUGCAGUAUUUUUUGGCAUGAAGUAGACUUUUAGUUGUGUGAUGUGUUUGAGACGAGGAGGUUAGAGGAUGCACCUUCUACAGCGGCUGACGAGCAGGCUAUGAUAUGAACUUUAAAGAAGUUGAAACAGCUGUUGAAACUUUUAAUUCCAGAGAUUUUAUACAGCUUCGACACACUGUUUCAAAGCUUGAAACUAGAAGAUCAAGGCUGCUUUCUGGUGCUCUUAUACAAUAUUCAAAUUUCAGUGUGGCAAUAAGUAGUUGUCUGAAUUAACGUAACCAUUGAAAUACAGCAAAAUCAACAGCCAAAACAUUUUCUUUAUGUCUGUUUGCUGUGACUCAUGGUAUUUAUUACAGAUGAACUCCCCUAAGACACUUCAUUAAUCUGUCUCCACCUCCUACUUUUACCAUGCUAAAACUGUAGCACAUUGUUGUGGCAUGGAAACAUCUCAAACAUGCGGGGAAGGGGGGCCACCAGGACCAGACCUGAAAAACACUUACCGUCAUUUUUCAUUUUGGGUCUGGAAAUUCUGCUUUAUAGAUUUAGUUCAAUCAACUAGUAAGUUUCAACAGUUGCUUGAUCCUUUCUCCCCUACAAUUCAAAACCUGUUGGCAUCAGUAAUUUCAUGAAUCUUUGGUGGCGAGUACAGACAUUAAAGGCUCACUAGCACCCCCAAGUGGCUACAGUGUUCAUGACACCUCACAAUUGUCCAGGGUUAGGGAGCCUGGUUAGAAACAUACAUCUUGUCUAAAAUCUCUUCAAUGCUUUCAUUUUCCCCCCUGGUAUUGGUAAUGAAAAUGUAAUAUUUUGUCCCGAGGGUGGUGCUAGAGAGAAGGUCAAGGGGUUCACCAAUUUUUACUACGAAUCAUCCGUCCUGAAUAUCCACAUGUAAUUUUGUGGAAAUCUAGCCAGAGGUUGUCACCAUAUGUCCACAUUGUAAGAUUGGCUGACUGUUAUCCUAAAAAAAACAAAAAAAACACACAGUUUAGAUACUUCAAAUACUGACACUUAGAGUCAGGCCAGUCGCAAACCCUAAGCGUUGGCAUACGAUGACCAAAUAAUCUAUUUUACACAAUCAAACUCGAAACUAGACUAGAGGUAAAUCAGACAAAAUGUCCAGGUACUCCUUUUAACCUUGCGACUAACAAAGCAAACAUCCCCCUGCUUGCCGUGUGAGCAGCGUCCAACACAGUUUCCAGCCUUGGCUCUCUAAUUUGCAGUUUUGGGUGAAACUAGAUCACAUUUGUCAUGUUUUUGAUGCAUGUCUACAUUAAUACAGAUGUUGUGUUUAGUUCUGAUACAGACUUUUCUAAUCCAAACUGAUCAUUGUUGCACAUUAGUCUGUUGACAUUCCUGUAGUUUGGAUGAGUGAGAUUCAGAUUGUACAGUUUACUUUUUGGUUUACAAAGUCCUUUUUUUGCAGUUUACCUUCUUCAGGUUUAUACACUCCUUGGCUGUUGUGGGUCUUAAGUCUUUUUUUUAAGCAGUGGCAUCUGAGUUUUAAUGUCUUCAACAAAUCGGUCAGAUGAGAAGGUAAUUAACAGUUUCAUCUCUUUGCAUCCAGUCUACACUAUUUGAUAAAAGUAUUCAUGUUGGUGAUAAAGGUUUUAUCAGAUGGGUUUCUGGCAUAAAUAAUAGCAGAUUCCCAAACAUGGCUGCUGUCAACAGAUCUGUUAUAAACUAUAAUGAGCUUUUUUUGGAUAUUAUUAGUAAACUAGUAUUUCAUUGUUGUGGCUACAGAGUCUUCAGUCUGUGCUCUGGUGGAAAUAAAACUGGACUCUGCAGAAAAGAUUAUGAUCUUCAACCAUUCCAUAUCUCUGUCCUUCUUGGUUAUUCUUUAAAGUAGAGUGGCACUCUAGUCAUUCUUCCUUCUCAUUUUCAGCACUAUGGGGGACAGGUCUGUCUUGCUGAUGUAAAACUACUGGAACUGCUGAUGAACACGAUUGUGUUUGCUUCAGUUCACUGCGAGCACCUGUGCUGUAACUGAUCGAUCAACUCUCACAGUGUGAUCAUAGAGGUCGUACGGUUAGCCAUGACAAAAAAGUGUCAGAGAUACACAGUCGUAGUUGAUAGAGUUGUCUACAUGUUUGGCCAUAUAGGUCGUUUCUUAAUUAGAUGCACGGAGAUGAAUCUGACACAAUUCCUUGAACUAUUCCUUUAACCACUGAUACUUUUGAAUAAUUCAAAGUGAAAAGAAAACAUAGUGGCAUGGUUGUUUUGUCUUCCGUCUGUACGGCACACCCAGCUAAUGUAGGGGGUUGGUAUCACCUGGUAUCAGCUCAAAUCCCAGCUGUUCCAAUAAGCACUUUGGAAAAUGUGUAAUUUCACUGUGUGGGAGCAGCAAACAAGUAGCCAGAGUUAGCCUUACUUUAUUUUACAGGUCUGUUGACUUCUCAUUAUCCCUCAUCGAAAGUUUCCUGGAAAUAACUAUAUAAUUUGUUCCUAAUUUAGGGGAAACUACAGACUCGUAAAAUAAAGUAACCAAGAGGUUUAGAGUUUUUCCCAACUCUUGUUUGCUGGAGUUUACCGGUCUCCAUUGUCUCAAACAUUCGCUCGCUGCCAAAACAGUGUUUGAAAUGCAGUUUAUUUUAUUUGAAGUGUCUUCAACAUACCUGCUCCUUUGGGACGAGGUGAAGGAGCUUUGCAUUGUUAACAUGGCGUCAUUUUACGGACGAGACGAACUGAACUGAACCUCUUUGACCUGUUUGUUGUAUUUUUAAUGAACUCUUCAGAUUGACAGUGUUGCUGCGUCGACUCCAAUGUUUACUCUCAAUGCAAAAUCAAAAAUCAAAAGAGACGCAAUAUUUGUGAAUGUUGGAGCAGAUGCCUGAUCUGAAUUCUUUUUUCUUUUCUUUUUUUUACACUAACCAGCGUGUGUGGAGACAGACGGCUGCUCCUCUGUCCUGUUAUUGACGCUGUUGUGAAAACAAACUGAAAUAAAAUGUUAUCUUGAGCAAA